AUGACAAUCACCUUGAAAGGUCAAGAUCAGUUAUUGACGAGACUGUUGGAAGCCUUUACAACCAUUGACUUAUCCUCCAACAAUUUCUCUGGUAGUAUUCCAGAUUCCAUAGGUAAUCUGAAUUCUCUGAGAUACCUGAAUUUGUCCCACAAUAAUAUCAUGGGACACAUACCUGCAUCUCUUGGAAAUAUAAGUGUGCUUGAAUCAUUGGACUUGUCAUCGAACAAAUUGGAUGGAAGAAUUCCAAGUGAAUUGACGAGGUUGACAUUUCUUGCCAAAUUAAACCUUUCGAUGAAUGAUCUCGUGGGACAAAUACCACGAUCUAAUCAGUUUUCCACAUUUGAGAAUGAUUCAUACGUGGGAAACUUGAGAUUGUGUGGAGUUCCAUUGACGAGAAAAUGCAACGAGGAGAAUGGGCAGCGGAUGCGGCCAGAAGAAGAAGAGUAUGGAUUUAUAGAUGGAUUUGGAUGGAGAAGUGUGGUGAUGGGAUAUGGAAGUGGAAUCAUAGUUGGGAUUGGAAUUGGUUGUUGCAUUAUUCGAUUUGGAAGGCCAAGAUGGUUGGUGGAAUUCUUUUUUGGCGUUGGGAUUGGAAUUGGUUGUUGCAUUUUAAAGAAAGGCCAAGAUGAUUGUUUUUUUAUUGUUACUCGUGAGUUUGUGAUUUAG